UACAUCACAGUAGUGUUGGAAUUUCAUAUCAAUGUAACGUGCCGAGUUUAGUGAAUGUAUCUAAAAUAAAUUUUCCUUCGAACGCUUCUUAAAAUCGCUUUAUUUUUCUAAAUAAAAGUUUUAGCCAAACUUUUUUUUUGAAAAAGAUUAACAAACACUCGGAAUGUCGGCCCGGAUGACAUCCUCAAAGUCCUCGCUGAGGAGUACCAGAACAAUCCGCACAAUUGCAUCGGUUGGGAGCUGCCCAGACAAGAAAUUUGUUGUUAAAAAGACAGUAACCGACGAUUCAGAUUCAACGGAAGUUUUAUCAUCAACAGAUGAGGAGGAACGAUGGAAGGAAUCAGCGAAAACCGGUGACAUUCCUGCUGAUUACUGGAAUAUUCAAAAGCUCGUCAAAUUCAUAAAGGCGGGAAACCAAACGGCUACUAUUGUCGCACUUUGUUGCCUGCAGGAUUACGAUCUAACAACGCAAAUUAAUCAACUUGCCAUUCAGGACAUUGGCGGAUUGGAAGUGCUGGUGAAUCUACUGGAAUGCAAUGAUGUCAAGUGUCGUCUUGGAGCUCUCUCCGUUCUUGCGGAAAUCUCAAUCAAUAUAGAUAUACGGCGAACAAUAGUUGAUUUGGGUGGAAUACCCCUCCUUGUAGAUAUCCUGAACACUCAGGCUAUAGACUUGAAGACUAUGGCUGCUGAAACUAUCGCCAACGUGGCUAAGGUUAGGCUAGCUCGCAAGUUGGUGCGGAAAAGCAAUGGCAUUCCGAAACUGGUUGAUUUACUCGAUGUAGACUUUGUGUGCAAGCCUGGAGUAGAACUAGCAGACAUGCAAAAAGCACAACUCAAUAUGGCCAAGGCAGGAGCUAAGGCGCUCUGGUCGCUUUCCGAAUCGAAACAUAACAAAAAACAGAUGAGGAAGAGCGGCAUAGUACCACUCUUAGGAUGCUUGCUUCAGUCCAAUUAUAUUGACCUCUUAGUACCUGUAAUGGGAACAAUCCAGCAAUGUGCAGCUCUAGGAACUUAUCAGCUGGCUAUUACCUCCGAAGGGAUGAUCCCCAUGAUAGUAAAACAUUUGAAUUCGACAAAUCUGGAUCUCAAAAUGCAAUGCAGUUCGGCUCUUUUCAAAUGUGCCAGCGAUAAAACGGCGAGAGAUUUGAUACGACAAGCAGGAGGCCUGGAGCCUCUUGUUUCAAUUGCAAAAGAUAAGAACUUGAGGGAAAACAAGGCACUGUUAGCUGCAGCCACUGGAGCAAUUUGGCAAUGUGCAGCGACCGAAGCAAAUGUGAAAAAACUUGACCAGCUUCGUACUGUCGCAGUGCUCGUUCAGCUGCUGACAGACGAAAAUGACGACGUCCUAACAAACUGUGUCGGCGCUAUUGCGGAAUGUGUUAAAUUCCAAAAUAACCGGGAAUCACUUCGGUCGGCAGGGGGGUUACCACUAUUGGUUAACCUGCUCAAUGGUACCCAUCCACCCCUGCUCGAAAACGUCUGUAAAGCAUUGAAAGAGUGCGCACUUGAUCCAGAUAGUAUGACAAUUUUGGAAGAUUUGGAUGCUGUUCGGCUAAUUUGGUCACUACUUAAAAACCCCAAUCCAAGGGUGCAGGCCUAUGCCGCUUGGGCAAUUUGCCCCUGUAUAGAGAACGCAAAGGAUUCAGGAGAACUGGUACGAAGCUUCGUUGGUGCCAUGGAAUUGGUUGUAGCUCUUUUAAAAUCUAAAGAUAUUUUAGUUUUAUCGGCAGUUUGCGCAGCCAUAGCAACAAUUGCGAAGGAUAAGGAAAAUGUAGCAGUGCUAACUGAUCAUAAGGUGAUUUACAUGCUAGCAGAGUUAGUUCAUACAACAGACGAUCUGCUACGAGAAAACCUAGCCGCAGCAAUAGCAAGUUGUGCACCGUUUGGGAACAAUACUCAAGAAUUGGGCAGGUUACGGACAGUAACCCCGAUUGUUGGCUACAUGGUCAGCAACAAUCCAAAUGUUCAUCGUACAGUUGCCAUGGCACUACAAGAACUGUCAAAGGAUCCGCAGAACUGUAUCACAAUGCAUCAGAGUGGGGUUGUGCCUUUCCUCCUUGAAACUGUUGGAUCAACUGACAAAAUCCUGCAAGCAGCAUCGGCCGGUUGUUUACAAAAUAUUCGAGAAUUGGCUCUGCGUGCUGAGGAGUACCUGCUCAAACAAGAUAUGUGAGAUUUUAGUUAAAUAUAAAACUAUUCGCUGUUAAUCUAAAUAAAAUUUAUGUUGGACCUUAAAUAAUAAUAUGUUUUGUAAGCUUUA